AGUUUGGCAAUGGCGGAGCAGAAAAAGGAGAAAGAUCCGUUGAAGGAAGCGUCAGAAGAUAUAUCCCACCACUUCAAAACCUUAGUCAACGCUCGCGAUUUGGAUUCCCUCAAGCAAACUCAACAUCUCAUAUUGGGAAGGUUGCAAGACAGCAAUGCGGUUCUGUCACAUUUUAACGAGUAUUCUGAAAAUUGCUAUGCUGAGGUUUCUGGAGAUCUCACAAAAACUACGCGGGUCCUGAAGUCUAUGAAGUCAGAUCUCGACUACAUAUUUCAGAAGCUAAGGAGUAUGAAAUCGAGAAUCUUGGCUACCUAUCCAGAUGCGUUUCCAGAUGACUCAAAAGGAGAAAUACUUGACCGCAGACCAGACCUGGAAUUGCCUCAGUAACACACUAGACUAUACAUGCUAAUAAUACUAAGAAGUUGGGAAAAAUUGUAGGUAAAAAGCAUCUAAUUCCUGUAUUUUGUUUGCCCCGCAACUAUUGCUACAUGUAUUUUUAGAUUUACCUUCUGAAAUUCUGAUUUUAUGCUUUCUUGAUUUCUUCAAGGCAGGCCUUGUUAUUCGUCUUUAUAGAUAUUCAUUUUCCCCCUCCAAAAACUUAUUACACUUCUCUUCAGCUUUAGUAAUUAGCUAAAUUUUGAUGACAAUUCUACAACCAUGACUCGUAUAACUACCUUCCCACAAAGUAUUGAGUUACAGCCUAUUUUCUUCUCU